GAAAGUGGGAGGGAAAAGAGUCUAAUGACAGCUAGAGAGGUAUUCUGAGGGACUCCUCACUUUUACAAGAGGUUUGGACACUGAAUGACUUUUUGUGGCUGUUUUCAUGCACUUUUUGAGUCUCUGUUUUUUCAGUUUGCGAAGAGCUGAUCGACCAGUCUUUCUUUAUAUAUAAUUUUUAUCUAAUUGUAUUAAGUAACUGAACAUAGUUUUCAGUUUCUGUGUCGAAAUUCUUGCAGAUCACCAGAGUGGGAUAUCAUCUGACAUCAAGUGAACAAAAUGAGAGCAGCAUGGAGUGUCUUCUUGCUUCUGUCUGUCUGUUUGCAGCUGGCGUUUGUGUUUUCCACCAGUCCGGCUCGUGCCCAUGCGGAAGAAAGACUCCUCCGGUCUUUGUUCAGCAACUACAACAAGCUCUCUCGUCCUGUAGCAAACAUCUCAGAUGUGGUUCUGGUCCACUUUGGCCUGUCCAUUGCUCAGCUCAUUGAUGUGGAUGAGAAGAAUCAGAUGAUGACCACAAAUGUCUGGGUGAAGCAGGAGUGGAACGACUACAAGCUGCGCUGGAACCCAGAGGAGUAUGAGAAUGUCACCUCCAUCAGGAUCCCCUCCGAGAUCAUCUGGAGACCGGAUAUUGUGCUCUAUAACAAUGCGGACGGAGACUUUGCAGUGACACACUUGACUAAAGCCCAGGUGUUUUACAACGGGAGGAUAAAAUGGAAACCUCCUGCCAUUUAUAAAAGCUCCUGCAGCAUCGAUGUCACCUUUUUUCCCUUCGACCAGCAAAACUGCAAAAUGAAAUUUGGCUCUUGGACGUACGAUCGGGCCAAGAUUGAUCUGAUCAGCAUGGCCAGUGAUGUAGACCAGAUGGACUACUGGGAAAGCGGGGAAUGGGUCAUAAUAAACGCUGUUGGUACUUACAACAUCAAGAAGUACGAGUGCUGUACAGAAAUCUACCCAGACAUCACCUACUCUUUCAUCAUCAGACGUCUUCCUCUGUUCUACACCAUCAAUCUAAUCAUCCCCUGCCUGCUUAUAUCCUGCCUGACGGUGCUGGUCUUCUACCUUCCCUCGGAGUGUGCGGAGAAAAUCACACUGUGUAUUUCCGUCCUGCUCUCUCUGACAGUUUUCCUCCUGCUAAUCACAGAAAUUAUCCCCUCAACCUCACUGGUCAUCCCACUUAUUGGCGAGUACCUCCUCUUCACCAUGAUCUUCGUCACUCUAUCCAUCAUCAUCACAGUGUUUGUGCUCAACGUACACCACCGUUCGUCCCGCACGCACAGCAUGCCACACUGGGUCCGCCAGUUUUUUCUUCACCUGGUGCCCCGUUACCUGUUCAUGAAGCGUCCACCUGCCUCUGGUAAGAGGAACUGUGGGAAACUGAUUGAGAUGAUGCACAAGCCAAUGGAGGCACAGUCCAUGUUUCUACGGAACAACAUUCUGGAUAUCUCUCCGCAAAGUCCGCUCCACCAUUUGGACAUUACUUCAGUUCAGCAGGACUCUUCCCCCAAACCCAUGUUUUUCUGCAGUUCUCCCAGCAGCCAGUAUUCUAUCCUGCACGAAGAAACUUCACAAACGCCGGUCAUCGGUUACACGUGUGCAUACACAAACAGCAUUUUUGCCUCCAGCACAUCUUCAUUUCCAGAUUCUAUCCUUGGUACUCUGCUGCACACUAUCCCGCAGGAUGGAGCCGAAUGUACAGACUGUGAUAUCCAAGGCCACAAUGCUGAGAGUGUCUUCAUGGAAGCCAAAGAGAGUAUUCUGGGAGCAGGGAGUUGUCAACACUGUCUUACAUCUGAGGGGACGAGUCUGCAGAAGCUUGAUCACGAUGAAGCAGGCAGGUGUACUAGACAUAACAAGCCCAACGCACAGAUCUUCAGUUCUGUCAGUGAUGGCACUGCUGAUCUGAAUGCAGUGGAACCGGUGAGCAAUCUGUCACAGUCUCUGCUCAAAGCCUUGGAAGGAGUUCAGUACAUCGCUGACCAUCUCAGAGCAGAAGAUUCAGACUUUUCAGUGAGGGAAGACUGGAAAUAUGUUGCCAUGGUGAUUGAUAGAAUAUUCCUCUGGAUGUUUGUGCUGGUGUGCAUUCUGGGGACGGUCGGACUGUUCCUCCCACCGUGGCUGGCUGGAAUGAUCUAGAACAUCGUGCAGAGUCUUUGAAUGGCUCUGAGUGGGUGGGGAAUGGCCUUGUCAAUCACACUUGACUUCAGUGACCUCAUUAAACAUCCGCUGUCAUGGAAAUUAAGUGAUGUUUAAUGUCAGUGCUUCUCGGUGCAACAGGAAGUUAGUAGUGGGAUUCUGUGCAUUUGAAGGGCUGUUUUGGGUUAAAUGGAAGUUAAUGAAAAAUGAAAUGAAAUAAAUUGAAACUACUGUGA